CGGUUUCUUGUCAUUUGUUAUUCAAUAAAUAAUUUUGACGUUUGCUAUAAACAAGUCAAAACAUAGAAAAAAAGAUUCAAAACAUUAAUUAAUUAUGGGAAAUAGUGAUACAAAAUUAAAUUUUCGUAAAGCUGUUGUACAAUUAACAUCAAAAACACAGCCAAUCGACCCUGAAGAUGAGACAUUUUGGGAACAAUUUUGGUCUGAAAAUGUGACGAGUGUACAAGAUGUUUUUACAUUAGUACCAGCUAGAGAAAUACGUGCUCUGCGUGAAGAGGCACCGUCUAAUUUAGCGACAUUAUGUUAUAAAGCUGUGGAGAAAUUAGUUAAAGCAGUUGAUAACAGUUGUCGAACACAACAAGAACAGCAAACGGUCUUAAAUUGUGUACGAUUAUUAACCCGUAUCUUACCGUACAUAUUCGAGGAUAAUGAGUGGAGAGGGUUUUUUUGGUCAGCUUUACCUAGCCAAACCGAUGAGGAUGAAGAAUCUGUUCCACUUGCGCAAUCCCUCAUAAAUGCAUUAUGCGAUUUAUUAUUUUGUCCAGAUUUUACUGUUGUAGGUAGUCGAAAAUUAGGCCCGGAUAAAGCUGAAGAUUUAAGUGCAAUAGAUAGUUGUGAAUAUAUAUGGGAAGCUGGUGUAGGUUUUGCCCAUUCGCCGCCACGGCAUCCAACAUUAGAUCAUAAUCGUACUGAAAUAUUGAAGUUAUUACUAACAUGUUUUAGUGAAACAAUGUAUCAACCUCCAACUGAUAUUUCUACAUCACCAAAUCGAUGGAUUGCUUAUUUGACUAGUGCAGAAAAUAGACAUGCUCUCCCAAUGUUUACUUCACUAUUGAAUACCGUAUGCGCUUAUGAUCCAGUCGGCUUAGGUGUACCAUACAAUCAUUUAAUAUUUGCUGAUACAAUGGAACCUUUGGUUGACACAGCAUUGCAAAUAUUAAUUGUGACAUUAGAUCAUGAUACAAGUUCUGCUGAUACUGAAGAGCUACGCGUGAUCUUAUCGGGUUCGGUACCAGAUAAUUUGUUCAUAAAUUAUUUAUCACGUAUUCAUCGUGAUGAAGAUUUUCAUUUUAUUCUACGUGGUGUUACCAGAUUACUUAAUAAUCCUUUAAUGCAAACUUAUUUACCAAACUCUACAAAGAAAGUACAUUUUCAUCAAGAAUUAUUGGUAUUUUUCUGGAAAAUGUGUGAUUAUAAUAAGAAAUUUUUAUAUUAUGUUUUAAAAAGCAGUGAUGUACUAGAAAUUUUGGUACCUAUUUUAUACCAUUUGAACGAUUCGCGUGCUGAUCAAUCUCGUGUUGGUUUAAUGCAUAUUGGUGUGUUUAUUUUAUUAUUACUGUCUGGUGAACGUAAUUUUGGUGUACGUUUAAAUAAACCAUAUACUGCAACCAUUCCAAUGGACAUUCCUGUGUUUUCUGGCACACAUGCUGAUUUACUAGUCACCGUAUUUCAUAAGAUUAUUACUACUGGACAUCAACGAUUACAACCAUUAUUUGAUUGUUUACUUACUAUUCUAGUCAAUGUAUCACCGUACUUAAAAACAUUAUCAAUGGUUGCCAGUACCAAACUAUUGCAUUUAUUGGAAGCAUUUAGUACUCCAUGGUUCCUGUUCUCUUCAAAAAAUAAUCAUCAUUUAGUAUUCUUUUUAUUGGAAAUAUUUAAUAAUAUCAUUCAGUAUCAAUUUGACGGAAAUUCAAAUUUAAUAUACACGAUAAUUCGUAAACGUCAAGUAUUCCAUGCUCUUGCAAAUUUACCAUCUGACUACAGUACUAUAUCACGUUCGUUAAGUAAACGCAGUAAACGUCAAUUGGCAUCUAAUAUAGAAUCAAAUAUUGAUAUUGAAAAUACAAAUGAUAAUGUUCGUCCAUUAAGUCCUGAAAUACCCAUGGAAGGUUCACAUCCAGCUUUACCUGCACAACCGGGUACGCUAAAAGCAUCAUUACCAGAUACACCGGGUAUUGGACAAAUGACUGAAAAAGAAAGUGCGCAUCCAACAUUCCAUCAAAUGAAUGCAUUAAAUUUAAAUUUAAGUCCAACAACUAAUGACUCAAAUAAUGUACAUGUGGAUAAACCAAAACUUAAUCAGAAUGAAUCUGGAGCUGAAACUAGUUUAAUUAAUACAGCUGAAUCACCAUUAUCACCUGGAUCACCUGCCUUGUCUAUACAUUCAAAUUCAUCAUCAAAGAAUGGGACACCUGAAAAUGAAAAUGAACCUCAAAGAAAGUGUACGGUAAAUCAGAAAGACUUAAUUCGUGUUUCUCAAGAAACAACACAAAAACAUUCAAUGAAUGAUAUAUGGGUCCCAACUGCAGAGUGGGUACAUUCAUGGAAAAGUAAAUUACCAUUACAAACAAUAAUGCGAUUACUACAAGUUUUAGUUCCUCAAGUAGAAAAAAUUUGCAUUGACAAAGGACUUACUGAUGAAAGUGAGAUUUUAAAGUUUCUACAACAUGGUACAUUAGUUGGACUACUUCCUGUACCACAUCCAAUACUUAUCAGAAAAUAUCAAGCAAAUGCUGGUACAACUACAUGGUUUCGGACAUACAUGUGGGGUGUGAUAUAUUUAAGGAACAUGGAUCCUCCAAUAUGGUAUGACACAUAUGUGAAAUUGUUUGAAAUUCAACGAGUUUAAAAUAAAGAUGAUUUUUUUACGAGAGACGAAUUGACAAAUAUUG